GGGCGGCGGCGGCUCAUGGCGGCGACGGAGCUCAGAGGAGCGCUGGGCCCGGGCCCGGCCACCAUGGCGGCCCCGGGCGGCGGCGGCGCCGGUCCCCCCGGGGUGGGAGGUGGAGGCGCCGGCGGCCGCGGAGACUCCGGGCCGGGCUCCGGGCUCGUGCCGGGCGCGGCGGUCACGGUGGCGGCGGGCGGCCCGAGCCCUGGGGCCGGGGCAGUGGCGGCGGCGGGCCCGGCUCCCCCGCCGCCGGCGGGGGGCUCUGGCGGCUCGGGCGCCGGGGGCUCGGGCUCGGGCUCGGCUCGCGAGGGCUGGCUCUUCAAAUGGACCAAUUACAUCAAAGGCUACCAGCGGCGGUGGUUCGUGCUGAGCAACGGGCUCCUCAGCUACUACAGGUCGAAGGCGGAGAUGAGGCACACGUGCCGCGGCACCAUCAACCUCGCCACGGCCAACAUCACGGUGGAGGACUCCUGCAAUUUCAUCAUCUCCAAUGGGGGCGCGCAGACCUACCACCUGAAGGCGAGCUCGGAGGUGGAGCGGCAGCGCUGGGUCACGGCCCUGGAGCUGGCCAAGGCCAAGGCGGUGAAGAUGCUGGCUGAGUCAGAUGAGUCAGGAGACGAAGAGUCCGUCUCCCAGACCGACAAGACAGAGCUGCAGAACACCCUGCGGACCCUGUCCAGCAAGGUGGAGGACCUGAGCACCUGCAAUGACCUGAUCGCCAAGCACGGCACGGCGCUGCAGCGCUCGCUCAGCGAGCUGGAGGCCCUGCGGCUGCCGGCCGAGAGCAGCGAGAAGAUCAAGCAGGUCAACGAGCGCGCCACGCUCUUCAGGAUCACGUCCAACGCCAUGAUCAACGCCUGCAGAGAUUUCCUCGUGCUGGCCCAAACCCACAGUAAGAAGUGGCAGAAGUCCCUGCAGUACGAGAGGGACCAGCGCAUCCGCCUGGAGGAGACCCUGGAGCAGCUGGCGAAGCAGCACAACCACCUGGAGAGGGCCUUCCGGGGGGCCACGGUGCUGCCCGCAGGCGCGCCCGGCGCCGGCGCCAGCAAAGAUCAGUGCUGCUCUGGCAAAGGCGACCUGAGUGACGAGGAUGACGAGAAUGAGUUUUUUGACGCCCCUGAGAUCAUCACCGUGCCCGAGAACUUGGGCCACAAACGCACCGGUAGCAACAUCAGCGGAGCCAGCAGCGACAUCAGCCUUGAUGAGCAGUACAAGCACCAGCUGGAGGAGACCAAAAAGGAGAAGCGGACGCGGAUACCAUACAAGCCGAACUACAGCCUGAACCUGUGGAGCAUCAUGAAGAACUGCAUUGGCAAAGAGCUCUCCAAGAUCCCCAUGCCGGUGAACUUUAACGAGCCCUUAUCCAUGCUUCAGCGCCUCACUGAAGACCUGGAAUACCAUGAGCUGUUAGACCGGGCUGCCAAGUGUGAGAACUCUCUAGAACAGCUCUGUUAUGUUGCAGCUUUCACCGUGUCCUCCUACUCCACUACUGUCUUCCGUACCAGCAAGCCAUUCAACCCACUCCUUGGGGAGACCUUUGAGCUGGACCGGUUAGAGGAGAAUGGCUACCGAUCCCUCUGUGAGCAGGUGAGCCACCACCCCCCUGCGGCUGCACACCAUGCCGAGUCCAGAAACGGCUGGACGCUGCGGCAGGAGAUCAAGAUCACCAGCAAGUUUCGCGGCAAAUACCUCUCCAUUAUGCCUCUCGGUAGCAUCCACUGUAUUUUCCAUGCAACUGGGCACCACUACACUUGGAAGAAAGUGACCACAACAGUGCACAACAUCAUCGUGGGCAAAUUGUGGAUUGAUCAGUCUGGUGAGAUUGACAUCGUGAAUCACAAGACAGGGGACAAGUGCAAUCUUAAAUUUGUUCCUUAUAGCUACUUCUCUCGGGACGUCGCGAGAAAGGUGACGGGGGAGGUGACCGACCCAUCGGGCAGAGUUCACUUCGUGCUGCUGGGCACAUGGGAUGAGAAAAUGGACUGCUUCAAAGCACAGCCGGUCCCCGGGGAGAACGGGGGUGACGCCCGGCAGCGCAGCCACGACACGGAGGAGAGCAGGGUGCUGCUCUGGAAGCGGAACCCUCUACCGAAGAACGCGGAGAACAUGUACUACUUCUCCGAGCUGGCUCUGACCCUCAACGCCUGGGAGGCCGGCACCGCGCCCACGGACAGCCGGCUGCGGCCCGACCAGAGGCUGAUGGAGAACGGGCGCUGGGACGAGGCGAACGCGGAGAAGCAGCGCCUGGAGGAGAAGCAGCGGCUUGCGAGGAAGAAGCGCGAGGCCGAGGCCAUGAGGGCCACGGAGGACGGCACGGCCCACGACCCCUACAAGGCGCUGUGGUUCGAGCGCAGGAAGGACCCGGUGACCCGGGAGUUGACGCACAUCUACCGCGGCGGCUACUGGGAGUGCAAGGAGCGGCAGGACUGGGACUCGUGCCCUGACAUCUUCUGAAGGAGCCGCCGAGGAGGAGGAGCCCGCGGACUGCUGCCGGCGCCGCCUGCUCGAGCUCGUCUGUCUUAACCAAUCACUUCUUGUUCCGAAUCAGUCACCAGAAGCAGACCCGGUUGGUGGUGAUUGGCUGGUUGCCUUAGCUGAUUGACCCUGAAAUCAACAUUCUGGACCCCGCGUGCUUGUCGGGGAGGCGCCCCCAACUUCUCCGGAGUCGGGGGCCCCACCCACCCCCUGAGAUGCUGGCCCUCACCCCCGCCCCGGAGCUGCCGCUCAGCCAGGCCCGCGGAGCACACUGCUGCAGGGCGCCCGGCCUUGUGCCGCGCGAGCUGAUCCUAGAGGGUCCCUCGAAAAAGAAACCCGUUCAGACUUGGCCACGGAGCAUCGUGAGCGCCGUGGUGGAGCCGAGGCACAGCCCAGGAGAUGGCCGGGCCGCAUGAGGCGCCCGCGAGGGGCUCGUCUGCAGGACCGGGACGCGCAGAGGUCAUGCUUGGCAGUGUCUUCGCUCGUUAGCACACCCUGCUGCUGUUCUCCACCUUCGCUGACGGCCGCCGAGGCCGCUCGGGCGUCGCAGGAGGGUUGCCUUGUCCUCACGAGGGACUUUACGGACUCGCUCAGGCAGAGUGCUUCGGAGAACCCGGAGCGCGAGGCCGCGUGGACACGGCUGGCCGCGCGCUCUCCCGCCCGCUCACCCCACCGUCCCCGCCGCCUUCUCCUCCCCUCUCCUGCCUUCUUCUCGCUCUCUCUCCAUCUCUGGGCACAUACCCGCUCAGGUUUGUGCCUCGAGGAACAAAGCAUUACCUGCCCCAUUCUGCCACACUUCAGAAUCUGAGAGAAGGCGUUUAUUCCGAGUGAGUUUUCACCAUCUCUCAGAACCCACGGACUGAAGCCACUUCUGGAAUAAUGUGUUAAAUACCUGUAUAUUAUAUAUAUGUAGAGAAAAGUCCGAAUUUUCUGUUUGAUUUCCCUCCCUCCCGUUAAGAAUCUUGCUCUCUGAUCUCACUUGUCCCCCAGGGACUCUCGGACACACUAGUGCGGAUGGGAGCCCCCUUGGGCGGACACGUCCCACGAUCACCCAGCAGGGUCUGUGUCUGCGGGUCGCAUCCUGGGCGCCCACUGCUGUCUCAGCUCCGCUCUCCUCACCCGACUCUGGAGGACGAAGCCCUGCCCCCUUGCCCAGCGUUCUGUCCUCCUCCACCCAGGAGAGUGUGGGUAGUCGGGCAGGAGGGGCGUUUGCGGCUGCAGCCUGCCUCUGCCCAAGCGCAGCGCCGCAUAGCUGAUCCUCCUUCCUGGGAACCGGGGCUGCAAGCCCCGCCUCGUGGGCUGAUAAGAGAACCGCUCCUGUCUGGCCCAGAUUUCCUUUUUUUUUCCCGUCUUUGUUUUGUUUCAGUUGUCUCUGGUCGGAAAUCCGACCCCGUGCCGCCCACCCGUGGUUGAGGAUCACAAAUCGAGGUGCCUUCCUUGUCUGCUCUUCGUUGGUGUUCUCUGUUUCUGUUCCUUAACUGCCGAGCCUCAGCCAGCGUGGGUCCUUGCGGGGAAUCAUUCCAGGGGAAGCCGUCCCCGCAGGGAAACUGGAUUUCUGCCGGGGAACCAGGCCCGCCCUGCCUGGUGGCCGUGGGGAGCUGCCUUGGGGGACUCGCUUCCCAGCACGAGGGAGGGGUUACGGCAGGGCUGCCACCUUCAGGGAGCCCCAUGGAAGCAGUGACCCGCUCCUGGGGUGGGUGCUUCGGCCGGUGGGAUUCCCCCGGAGACUGAACUCCCUGCUCUGUCCCCCCACCCCCUGCCUCCUCCAUCUGCACUAUGUCUCCAGCCUGAUCCUCAGAUUCCUGCUCAAGGAAGAGGCUUCCAGUCCUUCAGGUGAAAUAAAGUCACACGGAAGCAAAACAAAACUAUAUAUAUUUUCAGUUUUUUUGCCUUAUUGAAUUUUUUUUCCAAGAAAACUACUAAAUUAAUUUUUAAAGAGUCAGAUUGUUUGUCUGAUUCACUUCUACUGAGUAGGAGGCAGCAGGAAGAGGUGGAGAACUGGCCCCACUGUGAUUUGUUUUUUGGGAGUUGGGGAACUUGAUCUUCAUGAGAAACUGUGAGAAAAACUGGGCAUGGAUUUCCAGAUGUUUGACUGAACUUAAUUUCACCUGCCUGUUUAAAUUCUCAGGAUCUUAGCUGAUCCACGCAGGGAUUCAAAUUCUGUGUUUUGAACAUAAGGAACUGAGAGGUGAUUGGAAGAUCUUGGAAAGACAUGAGGACACUGAAAAUGCUAGUUUAGUUUUUCUCUGCAAAGUUCAAGGAGGGGAGAAGGUGGGCAAAGCUGUGGAAGCGGCUUGGAGGCCUCCGAGGAGGGCAAUGCCAAUUCCUGGCCUGAGGGGGCAGCCCCUGUCCGCUGAGCGUGUGUUUCUUUGUCCAGGGUCCUGAGAUCGAAGCGCUCAACGUUGCCUGGCUUCCACUUCAACAAUUUUUAAGAUGUUCAUGUUACAGUUGUCAUGCUGAAUAUGAAGAAAGACACUCAGAAAAUAAACUAAUUUACUCAAGGUCA